CCCGCUCUCUAAUUGCAGGGUACCCACUGAGCUGUGAGGUGUGUGUUGGUGACAGUCCCAGUUGCAGAAGAAAACUGCAGACUUGAGCCCCGGAUGAGGACUCCUGCAUAGUUGUCCAGACUGAGACCAACAGAAAGGCCUCCUUGGCGGUGACCAGCUACAAGGGGUGUGCGAAAUCCAGCCAGUGUGAGUCCGGAUUCUUUGGUAUCACCGUGAACCCUGAGAACUACAUGGGCUCCAAGAGGCGCUGCUGCCAGAAGGAUGGCUGCAACCAGGACCCCCUGCCCGCGUUCGUGAGAAACCAUACAGAGAAUGGCCUUCGGUGUCCUUCCUGCAUCGCUGCCUUUACGGAAACAUGCACUGCGACUGCGGAAGCGCUCUGCGUUGGCGAGGAAACCCACUGUGUCGCCGUGUCUGGCCUCAUGCGGCCUGGUGACAAAUUUGCCAUCCAGGGCUGUGGUACCAAGACCGCCUGCCACACCAAGCCCGGGACCCUGGUGCCCUCAGGCGCUCGUUUGUUCACCAUCAAGAAGACCAGCUGUCUUUGAAGCCCCCAGGCUUCUGGCAAGGCUGAGUGAAGAACUGAGGCCCAUGUGGUGUUUGGCCUCCAUUCCUUCUCAGCUACGGUUCUAGAAAUUCCUAUGGUUCCCAUGGGUCUAUAAAUUAAACAAGUUAACAGA